AUGGCAUCAGACGAAGACUACGCCUCCUUUCUCGAUAAAGCGAACGAGGACCCAUCAGCAGGUACUGCGAAGAGCCAGGAUAAAGGGAAGGUGGAACUCAAAGCUGUGGAUACAGAUGUUCCUGCGCCGUUGACGAAGGCGACGAAGGAUGCGUUUUAUGUCAGUGAUGCUGAUGAGCCGUUUGAACCUGUUGCGUUGAAGUUUAGUGGCAAGACACUUCCUACCGAAGUUACAUUCGCCAAACUAGUCCAUCACCCGAACCCAGAGGACACAGAAGUCAGCAUUAUGGAUAUCGGCGAGUGGGAUCCGCGGGGAGAGUACAAGGCGCUUGUGGAUGCGACGAGAAAUGCGAGUAAGGGGAGUGAUGUGCGGGUCUAUCGGAUCGCGGGGGAGGGCGCGAGGGUUGAGUAUUGGGUUGUUGGGAUUCAGGGGGGGAGGUUGGUGGGGGUUAAGGCUUUGGCUGUCGAGAGCUGA